AGAAUGGAAACGUUCCUCCCUGGCUCAGCUCCUCCUGCUCCUCCUCUUCUUCGCUGCGCAACGGCACUCCGGCAGCACCGCGCCGGGACCCGAGUGAACCGGGUCAGAGAGUAAAAGCACCGCACGGGGGUCGCUGGAUGAACCCUGACUGUCACUGUGGAGUAAACCGACGUGACAGAGUGAUGCUGUGAAGCUGCUCCGAACCAGACAGAGUCCGGAGGAGGACAGGAGGAGGACAAGAGGACCGGCGGACGAGUCACCAGAGGGACCCGCCGUCACAUGUGAUAAGUUGUCUUCCUGAUGGAACCCGUUACGCACGGAGAUGCGCGCAUCUUCUUCUUGACCUGAAGUUGGACCGGAGAGAGAAAAGCAGAAUAAGAGGGAGACACACACACACACACACACACACACACACACACACACACACACACACCGGCAGACAGAGACAGAGAAAAUGAGGAGUCGCCUCCUCGGACUGGCUCUCCUCCUCGCGGGCUGCGCGCUCUCGACCCGCUGCUCUCCGCCCGGCACCGAGCCGGAGGCGCGCUCGGAGUCCCGGGACACGUGCGCAUCCUGCGGCGGGGGGGCCGCGCAGUUGGACGCGCACUUCAUGGAUGCCGUGAAGAGGCACAUCCUGAGCCGGCUGCAGAUGCGCGAGAGGCCCAACAUCACGCACGCGGUAUCCAGGGUCGCCAUGGUGACGGCGCUGCGCAAGCUCCACGCGGGAAGGCUGCGCAAGGACGGCCGGAUGGAGAUCCCCGACCUGGACGGGCACGCGAGGAGCAGCGAGGAGAUGGAGGAGAACUCCGAGAUCAUCAGCUUCGCUGAGAGAGACGACAUGGUGACGUCCAAGUCCAGCCUGUUCUUCCUGGUCUCCAGCGAGGGGAACCAGAACCUCCAGGUGACCCAGGCCACCCUCUGGCUCUACUUCAAGCUGCCGCCCCCCCCCUCGGAGGCCCGCCCGCGCCGCAAGCUGACGGCCAAGGUGUACUACCAGGAGCCGGGCCCGGGCGGCCGCUGGGACCUGGUGGAGAAGCGGCUGGAGCUGAAGCGCAGCGGGUGGCACACCUUCCCGCUGACCGAGGCCCUGCGGCUGGCCUUCCAGAAGGGGCAGCGCCGCCAGAACCUGGAUGUGCGCUGCGAGGGCUGCGAGGGGGGGGCGGCGGCGGCGGCGCCGGUCCUGAUGGACCGCGACGCGGACGAGUCUCACCGACCCUUCUUGGUGGUGCGGGUCCGGCGGUCCGACCCCGGCCACCGCAUCCGCAAGCGGGGGUUGGAGUGCGACGGCAGGAGCAGCCUCUGCUGCCGCAAGCGCUUCUACAUCGACUUCCGCCUCAUCGGGUGGAACGACUGGAUCAUCGCGCCCUCAGGGUACUUUGGGAACUACUGCGAGGGGAACUGCCCGGCCUACAUGGCGGGCGUCCCCGGCUCCGCCUCCUCCUUCCACACGGCGGUGGUCAACCAGUACCGCAUGCGCGGCAUGAGUCCCGGCUCCAUGAACUCCUGCUGCAUCCCCACCAGGCUCAGCACAAUGUCCAUGCUCUACUUCGACGACGAGUACAACAUCGUGAAGCGGGACGUGCCGAAUAUGAUCGUGGAGGAGUGCGGCUGCGCCUGAGCGCCGCCUUGUUCACAGCGAGCAGAAUAUUUAUGGACCACGCACAACAACUUGUACAUAUAUUUAUGUCUGCUGAUGUAUUUUCUUUUAUCUGCGUGAGGAGCUCUCCUGCACGUCUCGGAGAACAGUCUGUGAAGUCCUUCGUUAGAUAUCUGUGAGAUAGUGACGACGUUCGGCUUCCUGCCGUCAGUAGACGAGGCCCCGCCUCUUUUGGAAAGGGGGCUUCUUCUUAGAACCCGACCUGAGGAGCCUUACUCCAGAAACCUCACCAACGUAAAGCACUUGGAACCAGGAGUCAUGUCCACGCCGCGUCCUCAGAGUUCCACUGCGAAACCACGGGGUCGUGACGCGUCCCGCCCCAGGAGGGAGGCAGUCUGACUUCUACCCAGGCUGAAGGUGGCUACUUUUAGAUGUCUUCAGAUCUUCUAAGUCAUUGGGGAAGUCAAAAAAAAAUGAUCCCUCAAGUUUUGAGGCUCUGAGAUGUGAACUUCAGGUUCAAAGGUUCUGUCCCCUUUGGAAGCUUGAGACCGUGACCCCAAAAGUAAGAACAGGCCGACCCGCCGUGCCGUUCAACUGCCACAGAACCUUAAGGUGAGGAGAUGCCACUCGGUUCAGUCCGCACUGAAACGCCUUGAGUCCCAUGGAUGGAAAUAAGUGCCCCAAGAGCUAUGCAAUGUACAGAAUUUACCCAGAGUUCAGAGGGAACUGGAGCUCUACUGACAGACUAUCACCAAUACCUGCGGGAGGGGGUUGAGGAUGAAAUUGAACCGCUGCCUUUUCUUUUGUUUCUUUAGAUUCCACGAGUCCUCCAAAGCUCUUGACCUCGGCGCUGUUACGUGACGCUCGUUUUUUAGGGGGCAGCGUAGAAAAAAACAAUCACGUGUAACUUUACGUCACACCUGUCAGAAUAUCAAUGCGUUAUUAUUAAUCACAGUUAAUAACUGGGCGUUUUCUCUUUGAAUUCAGAAUAGUUGAUUUCCAAAAUAAAAGCAUCCCGACUUUUUAAAACCAACGUUGGAUUCCCGUCUCGUCGCUUUCUUUGGUUUCGUUUCUGCAGGAAUAAAAGACGAUGACGCAAUCAUUGACUUAAGAGUGAAACUCAAAAGGAGGCCAAUCGUGACCCAGUUGGGAUUCUGGUCUAAAUGGACCCGGUCCCAGUGGAGCCUCCCAUUCGGCACCGAGACACACUUUUUAUUUUCGGGUGGUUUUGUGGCGGAGCUCCUGGAAUCGCUCGCCAACGGCUGGUGGAAUAUUUUGCACUUCAGGUGGGGGCGGGAAAAGGGCGGGGGGGUAAAAUUAAAAAUGAAAUCCGCCAUUGAAAAAAAAAAGUUAUUUUUAUAGAAGCAAAAAUAAAAUGGAGCUGUGUUGAUGGAAAGAACCAAAGAGCUGUGGAUGCGUGAGCGGAAGAGGUCCAAUAAUCCAUAAUCACCUUCGUCUCUUUGUUGUUAGGGGCUUCAGAAGCACAUCAGAUCCACAAGAACAUGCUUUUCAAAUACUGUGUUCUUUGUAAUUGUUGCAAAAAUAAAUUUCUUAUUACUGAUGA